AUGGCACUAAAAAGUAAUAAUUUUGAUAACAGUGUAUGUUCUGGAGAUGGCAGAGGCGGUGAAGUUGAUCCGGAUGAUAAUAAUAAAAAAGACAAGUAUCAUGUUUUUCAUGAUGAAAAUCAACAAAUAUCACCAGUACAAAUACAAUUUUUAAAAUGUCAAUUGCCAUACAUAUUUUCCGCGAAAACUAUAUAUGAUAUGGAUGCAUCGGUCAAAUAUAUUAUCAGUGAGUAA